CAAUCCAUGCAGCGCAGCCAGACCCGCAGGAGACAAAGGGCUGUAUGCUGAUUGGCUGGCAUGGGGUGCGCUCUGAGGUUUUCUGGCUAGUGCAGCCGAACCUCUUAUUCAUAUGUAAAUUACACCCUAUAAAUACCUACUACAGCUACACAGUGCCAACAGCGCAUCUCGUUAAGGUUUCACAAUAAACACAAGACUGUUUGCCUUUAGUGUAUUUAGCUUUUCUGAGUUUGGAUCCGCCUGCCAGCUGCCCCUCUCAAGGACCGAACGUAACAGUGGAUUACAAAUAGCGCUCUUUCCUUUGCUUGGGUUGAAACCAACAUGGCCCCGUCGUCUCGACCUAGCAAAAAUGGAUCUAUCACAGAUGAAGAGGAAUACUACGGUAUUAAAGGAGACCGAAAGACAAGAAAACCAUUGGUGGAGAAAAAGAGACGAGCCCGUAUCAAUGAAAGUUUACAAGAGCUCCGGACGCUUCUUGCCGAUUCAGACUUCCAGUCAAAGAUGGAGAACGCUGAAGUGCUUGAAUUGACCGUGAAACGAGUUGAACAUGUUCUCCGAAACCGAUCUCAAGAAACGGACACCAUGAACCGAGAGGCGAGCGAGAGGUUUGCGGCCGGCUACAUUCAGUGCAUGCAUGAGGUGCACACGUUCGUGUCCAACUGCCCGGGUAUUGAUGCGACGGUGGCCGCAGAACUUCUCAACCACCUCCUGGAAUGCAUGCCGCUGAACGAAGAUCACUUCCAAGACGUGCUUGUGGAUUUACUGUCGGACACUUCCAGCAAUAGCACUUGGCCGAGCGGAGACGGGAUUUGCGCCGCGCUGGCUUCACCUGGGGGCAGGAGUACGUCGAGUGUCUCCUCCGCCUACUCUCCGGCCCCCUCGACUACUUCCUCCGAGGACCUCUGCUCUGAUCUGGACGAGACGGACAGUGAGCACAACCACAGUUCUCCUCCCGACGCCACGGAUAACCCAGAGGUCCAGAACAUGCCCAUGACCACCUAUUCCAAGUCCAUGUGGCGACCAUGGUAGAAUCAUGGCGACCCUCUUGAGAAUGAUUUAAAGAUCGUUGUGAAUCUGCCUGAGGCUACACCUUCUACAGUUUUAGUUCCCUUUUAGUGUAUCUAAUCGUGCCUCUUGAGAUUGAGGCGGUGUUGAACACCAGAUUCUUCUUACGGGACUGCUCCUGCCUGGACCGUCUGUCUGUGGUACACUUUGGGGAAAAAAGUUGACCCAAGUGAUCGUGGAGACAUUGUAAAUAUAAAUAUAGAGGGGAAAUUAGAAUGAUAAAGCUCUUUGACAUUUAUGGCAAUGCCCUAAUUUCAGCUGUUUUCACUGAACAAUACUUACGAAUUUGCUCAUUUUAAAUGUAAAAGUAUAUGUAUAGAAUGCAUUCUUUUUUUUAAAUAGAUGUACCUACUUUUUCUUCAUAGUCCUUGAAGGAAUAUGCCAUAGAGGGGUUCAUAAAGAUAGGCAUAUAUUUCUACCUUCAGUGAAGGGAGGGGUAAAUUAAAUAUAAGAUGUUUAGAUAAAUGAUUAAUUCUUGGUAG